CGUCCUGGGUCCUAGGUCCUCCCUCCUCAGCUCUCCCUCCUCAGCUCUCCCUCCCUACUCCAUUCCUGUCCUGAGCUCAUGACUUCACAGUCUCUUCUCGGGAGACUUCAGUAAGCCCAGUGUGAAAAAAACAGGAAGAGCUGAAAGAGCCACAGUGAAGCGGGACAUUAAAUCCACAAUCCGGGACAGCGGGAAAGGCUGCUGAAAGCGGGACAGUUGGGGGUUCUUUUAUAGGAACCUGAUUGUUGUCCCCGGGGCAGGAGGACAUGGAGGCGGGGCCGGUGCUGGAUCCCGAGUGGCAUCGCUCCCCGGAGGGACUCGAGUACCUGAGCCGCGUUCUGCGCCACAACAAACGCAAGUUCUUUGGACUGAUAGAGCGGCCCAUGCUCCCCCCGCGCCUCCCGGCCGAUGUCGCCUCUUAUAAAGUCUUUGUCUGCGGGAAAAGCGGCGUCGGCAAAACCUCCUUCAUCGCUAAACUGAGUGGACUGUCUGUACCCAGCAUGCACUGCGAGACCGCAGGUAUUCAGACCACCUGCAUGUAUUGGCCUGUGCGACCCAGUGGCAGCGCCCGACCCCUGAUUUUCAGGUUCCAGUUCUGGGACUGUGGGGAGGGGGCUCUCCGGAAGUUUCAUCACAUCUUGCCGGAGUGUAAAGAAAAGGCCGACGCAGUUCUCUUCCUCUUCUCUAUCACUGAUCGAUCGUCAUUCGAGGAUGUGCCGGCGCUGAUCUCUCGCACGCUCGACCCGGAAGAAGAUGUUGCACGUGUGGUUGUUGGGACCAAGCUGGAGCAGUACAUGCACACGGAUGUGACCGAGGACGACCUGCGCGACUUCCAGAGAACGUGGCACCUGCCCGUCAUGCGAGUACGGAGUGUGAAUGGGCCCCCCAUGACUGAUGGGCGGGAUCUGGAUGGCAGGGCGGGACUUGCAGAAUGUGCUCCUGUGCUCAAUGGGUUGGCAGAAAUUCUGUGGCACAGAGACCAACUUAUUGCUGGACUUGUAGGCGGGGCUGAAUGACACCGAGAUGUAAAGGGUUAAUAAUUCCAACUUGUCACUGAACUGCUCAGAGCCAAUCAGAUGAGAGACGGGCUGUGACUAUUGGAUGAGGAUCUGCUGAUCUCACACUGUGGGGCCCCCAGAUCCCCAGUGAGUCGAAUUCAUUGGGCCCCGGGCAGAUCUGUGGGAGAAGCUUUGUGUUUGAGCCACUGCCCGGCCAUCACAAUGGGCUCAUUUAUAUAUAGUGAAGUGAAGUAAGGAUAUUAGAAGUCACCCAGGAGUUCCACGAUCAUAUAGAACACUUGUGUUUUUAUACAGGACUCUGACGUGACUUUUAAUAUCCUCAUAUUUUCCAACAAGGGCUACUUUAUUUAUAAUACACAUUUUAGUGAGUCAUAUGACAUCACUACUCACCAUUUAUAACUGAU